AUGAAUAUUUGGUUCAUUGGGUUUUUUUUUGGCAUUUGGCUUUCACCUUUACUUAAUGAUCGAUAUGGGAGAAAAAUUGGUUUUAUUGUUGGAAACGCUUUUAGUCUUUUGGCUUCGAUACUGCGUUUUCUGGCCAUAAUUCUUAAGGUUCCUGAACUUCUAUUUGUUGGAAGGGCCAUAGCAUCAGUUAUGGCUGCGGUUACUUAUCAAUCACUUAUUCUUUUUCUUCAGGAAUGCUCCCCAACUGACCUUCGAGGGAUGUUGAGUCUUAUGAGCGAAAUAUCCUACUCUUCUAUGUGUGCACUUGGAAUGUUCUUGGGAACUAAUCAAAUUUUUGGACACAAAUUGUCUUUCUUGUUGGGAUUUGCAAUCAUUCCAAGUGAGUUCACUCUGGUUGUUCUUUUUCCAAUACCUGAUACUCCGAAAUACCUGUACAUAACGAAGAGAGAUCGUGAAGCAGCAAUUAAAUCAAUUACUUUCUUCCAAGGCAGAGAUGCUAAUGUGGAGGAGGAAGAUUUGAAAAGUACUAGCUCACUUAAAGAGAUACUUACUACUCCUUAUAUUCGGAAGGCAAUAUGUCUUUCCUUUCUCGCUUUGGAGAACACGGUACCAUUAUGGUCGCUUCUACUCUCGUCAACGGAGUUUUUAAGGCACGUAAAUCUUGAAGAUAAUGUUGCUGCUUGGACUUCUACAGGCAUGACAAUAUUAUAUAUUGUUGGCACAGUUAUUGGAUUUUUCGCCGUUGAACGGUUUAAAAGGCGAAUUCUUCUGAUUGGAUUGUCGUCACUGAAUAACACAAUUUUGUUACUGUAUGUAGUUUUCGAACUUUUAAAUAAGGCAGUGGAUGGUAUAAAGUACGGAUGUAUGGCGUGUCUUCUUCUCUACGGUCUUACAUACGGAUGCGGAGUUGGUUCACUAAGUUGGAUACUAUCCUUAGAAUUGGUACCACAGAGACACCGAUCUCUUGUACAGUCUCUCUGUUACUCGUUGAAUACCGUAAUGGUCGUGAUCUCAACAUUUGUCAUACUUCCGCUUUAUGAGAAAAUCAACAGUUUUGCAUUCCUGGUGCUGUACAUUGCUCCUUCUACUUAUUCAAUAUUUUAUAUGAUCCGAUUUUUACCUGAAACAAGCAAAAGAGAGGUUUUUGAUAUUGUAGAAGAUCUUAAAGGUAGGAGAGUUGGCAAGAUUGUAGAGGAAGUUAGUAUUGAUAGCUCGGAAAUGUACUAA